UUUUGUGUAAUGGCUACAUACAACCCGCCUCUAAGUAGAGCUACUAAGAUUUCCUCUUCAAGUGCUAGUUAUCAUGCUUGUGGUGACAAUAUUGCUGCUAUUGACUUUGGAACCACAUCAGUCUCUCUGGCCUAUACUACUAAAGGAGAUGAUGAAGUAAACACUCUUGUCCUAGACAGUGAUAGGAGGUCUAUGAGAGUUCCAAAUGCAAUUUUGCUGAAAAGAGAUGAAAGCAAGAAUAUCUCUGUCGUGGGAUUUGGAAGUGACACAAGAACUCAAUUUGCAUCAAUGAAAGCAGAGAUUCUCUCUGAACACAUCUACUUUGAACGGGUUAAGAUGCACAUGAGAAAGGAAAAAAAGGUGACUAGACAGACUCAAGUAAAAGCUUCUUCUGGUGAAAAGUUCUAUCUUGUUGAAGUAAUCGCAUUUAUUCUCCAGCAUUUGAAGAACCAAUUGAUAGAGCAUUUCAUACGCAGUCCAAUACCACUGAAGACAACUGAUUUUGAUUGGGUCAUUACUGUACCUGCUAUAUGGGAUGCAUGUGGAAAGAGAAUGAUGAGAGAAGCUGCCUAUAUGGCAGGUCUACUGACAGAAUCUGGUGGCAUUAAUCAAUUCACUCCAAUUUCUGACAUCCCUCUUCUUAUCCCUGAUGAAACGAAUUCAAAUAGGCUCUUAUUGGCACUGGAGCCUGAAUCAGCAGCUUUCUUUUGCCAAGAAACAAUUGCAAAGCAAAAGCAACAUUCCGAUAUAGCUAUAGAGCUACCAACAGAAUACAUGGUAAUCGAUAUAGGAGGAGGAACAGUUGAUAUCACUGCUCACAUGACAGUAAAUGGUGAAGUUACAGUUCUGAAUAUACCUACAGGCAAUGAAUCAGGUGGCACAAAAGUUAACAAAGCUUUCUCCAAAUUGAUGGAAAAGCUACUCAAUGACCAGGGCUUUAAAAAAUUUUGCAGUUCCAGGGACCAUUCACAGCAAAUAGCUAAUUUAAACAAGAUUUUUUACAGUGAGUUCGAAAACCAAAAAAUAGCAUUUGGGCAAGGCAACCUUGAGGAUAUUGCAAUAGGCUUACCAAGAAGAUUUUCCUCAUUUUUUGAGGAAUUUCUAAAAUCAGAGGUGGAUAAAGUUGAUGGGAUUGAAUAUGAUGAAGAUGCAAAUGACACAUUGUAUGUAGAUAAAAAAGUAGUUGAGAAGGAGCUAUUUGGUCCAGCCAUUGAUGGCAUCAUUGAUUGUACAUUAGCAGCUAUUAAAGAGAAUGAGUUCAAAGUAAGCACAUUUUACUUGGUUGGUGGAUUCGGAGGUUGCAGAUAUGUUCAUCAAAAAUUAAUGGCUGCCAUAAACAAACUGUACACGUCUGAAGGACGUACAUGCAAUGUAUUAGUGCCGCCUACUCCUCAAUUAGCUGUUGCUACAGGAGCUGUAAUGUGGCGUCGAAAUCCAGGGAAAAUAAAAGCAAGACGAUCUGAUGCAACAUAUGGUAUAGCUACAACGCUGCCUUUUGAUCCAGAGAAGCACGAUGAGCAUUACAAGUUUUUCGACAAAGAUCGAAAUGAGUAUCGAUGUAAUAAUGUCCUUGAUGUGUUUCUGGAGAAAGGUGAACUGAUAGAUGUUAAUCAAAAUCUUACCAUAGAUUUAUCUCCAUCAAGUGCAUCAGAUACUACAGUUUCUAUUGAAAUCUACUCAACUCCUUGUCUUGGCGUUCAAUAUAUCAAGGACAGAGAUGGGAAGAAAAUGGCUGUUAAAAUUGGUAAACUAGUCAUUGAUGCACCCAACCCUGAUAAUCUACCAGUCGAAGAGCGUAUAAUUGAUGUCACAAUGGAUUUUAGUGGUACUGAAAUUCAGGCCAAAGCAAAGUAUCGAAUCAACGGAAAAGAAGUUAAAACAGUCUGUGACUUCCUUUCUACUUAUUAACUAGAAGUACAUGUAAUAGACGUUUCUAAUAUUAGAUAGUUAACUGGUUUGCAUAAAUUGUAAUUCUUGCUAAAAUUGUAGUCCAAAUAAAACUUCUUAUCACAAA